AUGGAAGUCAACAGAAAUAAUGACAUUACACAGAAACUGAAGCAGGUGGAAUCUUUGGAUGAGACAAGUCAGGCAGAGAUCCAAACGUUGAAGCAGAAAAUGCAUGUUCUUCAGACAAAUGAAGAAUUUCUGAUGGAGAAAAAUAAGCACCUUGUAAAUGAGCGGGAUCGAUUUGAAUCUCUGACAAAGGCACAAAAAGAUAAUUAUAAAAACCUGAGGUCAGAUAAUCAAGGUCUUCAGAACCAACUUGAGAACGCUUUGCUGACUAUCUUCAACAAGAAUAAGCUGUUAGAAACGCAAACAAUGGAAAUAGGUAGUAAGCAGCAAACAAUAGAGAGGCUUUACUUGGAGUUAGGAAAUCUUAGGGACAAUCUGACCAGGCGUGGCCAGGCGUCAGUCUAUGUAUCCACACAGAUAAAGAAAGAACUGGGCCGGCUCGCAAAUAUUUUGUCUGAUGCAAAAAAGACAUUGGCGGAAAGAGACACUUACAUAAGAAGUCUGGAAGAGGAGAAGUUUGCUUUAACUCAGGAGAAUCAACAUAUGACUGAUGAGAUUUCAAAUCAUGGAUCUAUCAUUCAAAGUCUUAGGGAGGAAGUGCAGGAACUCAAGUGUCAUCUACGAGAAGUGGACAAGGAGACCAGGCUACAGGAGUCAGUCUAUGUAACCACACAGACAAAGAAAGAACUGGGCCGGCUCGCAAAUAUUUUGUCUGAUGCAAAAAAGACAUUGGAGGAAAGUGACACUUACAUAAGAAGUCUGGAAGAGGAGAAGUUUGCUUUAACUCAGGAGAAUCAACAUAUGACUGAUGAGAUUUCAAAUCGUGGAUCUAUCAUUCAAAGUCUUAGGGAGGAAGUGCAGGAACUCAAGUGUCAUCUACGAGAAGUGGACAAGGAGACCAGGCUACAGGAGUUAGUCUAUGCAACCACACAGAUAAAGAAAGAACUGGACCGGGUCGCAAAUAUUUUGUCUGACGAAAAAAAGACAUUGGAGGAAAGAGACACUUACAUAAGAAGUCUGGAAGAGGAGAAGUUUGCUUUAACUGAGGAGAAUGAAGAUAAGACUGAUGAGAUUUCAAAUCAUGUAUCUAUCAUUCAAAGUCUCAAGCGUCAUCUACAAAAAGUGCAAGAAGUCCAUAGGACUAAUGAGCUGACUCUGGAGGAAAAAGACACCUUUAUAAGAAAUCAGGAACAGGAAAAGUUAGCUUUCAUUGAGGAGAAAAAAUGUAUGAACGAUGAGCUAAAACACCAUGAAUCUAUUAAUGAAAGUCUUACUAAAGAAGUGCAGGAACUCAAGUGUAUGCUAGGAGAAGCUCAGGAAGUCUAUAGAAAAAAUGAAAUGACCUUGGAGGAAAGAGAAACUUCCAUAAAAACUCUAGAAGAGGAGAAGUUAUUUUUAAGUGAGGAGGGUAAUUGUAUGAAGGAAGAGCUUGAAGGACUCAAUGAACAGGUUCAUUCACUUGAGGAUCAACUGCGAGAAGCACAGGAAGUCAACAGGAAUAAUGACCUGAUGAGUUUGGAGGAAAAAGACACCUUUAUAAGAAAUCAGGAACAGGAAAAGUUAGCUUUCAUUGAGGAGAAAAAAUGUAUGAACGAUGAGCUUAAACACCAUGAAUCUAUUAAUGAAAGUCUUACUAAAGAAGUGCAGGAACUCAAGUGUAUGCUAGGAGAAGCUAAGGAAGUCUAUAGAAAAAAUGAAAUGACCUUGGAGGAAAGAGAAACUUCCAUAAAAACUCUAGAAGAGGAUAAGUUAUUUUUAAGUGAGGAGGGUAAAUGUAUGAAGGAAGAGCUUGAAGGACUCAAUGAACAGGUUCAUUCACUUGAGGAUCAACUGCGAGAAGCACAGGAAGUCAACAGGAAUAAUGACCUGAUGAGUUUGGAGGUAAGAGACACCUUUAUAAGCAAUCAGGAACAGGAAAAGUUAGCUUUUAUUGAGGAGAAAAAAUGUAUGAACGAUGAGCUAAAACACCAUGAAUCUAUUAAUGAAAGUCUUAGUAAAGAAGUGCAGGAACUCAAGUGUAUGCUAGGAGAAGCUCAGGAAGUCUAUAGAAAAAAUGAAAUGACCUUGGAGGAAAGAGACACUUACAUAAGAAGUCUGGAAGAGGAGAAGUUUGCUUUAACUGAGGAGAAUGAAGAUAUGACUGAUGAGAUUUCAAAUCAUGUAUCUAUCAUUCAAAGUCUCAAGCGUCAUCUACAAAAAGUGCAAGAAGUCUAUAGGACUAAUGAGCUGACUCUGGAGGAAAAAGACACCUUUAUAAGAAAUCAGGAACAGGAAAGGUUAGCUUUCAUUGAGGAGAAAAAAUGUAUGAACGAUGAGCUAAAACACCAUGAAUCUAUUAAUGAAAGUCUUACUAAAGAAGUGCAGGAACUCAAGUGUAUACUAGAAGAUGCUCAGGAAGUCUAUAGAAAAAAUGAAAUGACCUUGGAGGAAAGAGAAACUUCCAUAAAAACUCUAGAAGAGGAGAAGUUACUUUUAAGUGAGGAGGGUAAAUGUAUGAAGGAAGAGCUUGAAGGACUCAAUGAACAGGUUCAUUCACUUGAGGAUCAACUGCGAGAAGCACAGGAAGUCAACAGGAAUAAUGACCUGAUGAGUUUGGAGGAAAAAGACACCUUUAUAAGAAAUCAGGAACAGGAAAAGUUAGCUUUCAUUGAGGAGAAAAAAUGUAUGAACGAUGAGCUUAAACACCAUGAAUCUAUUAAUGAAAGUCUUACUAAAGAAGUGCAGGAACUCAAGUGUAUACUAGAAGAUGCUCAGGAAGUCUAUAGAAAAAAUGAAAUGACCUUGGAGGAAAGAGAAACUUCCAUAAAAACUCUAGAAGAGGAGAAGUUACUUUUAAGUGAGGAGGGUAAAUGUAUGAAGGAAGAGCUUGAAGGACUCAAUGAACAGGUUCAUUCACUUGAGGAUCAACUGCGAGAAGCACAGGAAGUCAACAGGAAUAAUGACCUGAUGAGUUUGGAGGAAAAAGACACCUUUAUAAGAAAUCAGGAACAGGAAAAGUUAGCUUUCAUUGAGGAGAAAAAAUGUAUGAACGAUGAGCUUAAACACCAUGAAUCUAUUAAUGAAAGUCUUACUAAAGAAGUGCAGGAACUCAAGUGUAUACUAGAAGAUGCUCAGGAAGUCUAUAGAAAAAAUGAAAUGACCUUGGAGGAAAGAGAAACUUCCAUAAAAACUCUAGAAGAGGAGAAGUUACUUUUAAGUGAGGAGGGUAAAUGUAUGAAGGAAGAGCUUGAAGGACUCAAUGAACAGGUUCAUUCACUUGAGGAUCAACUGCGAGAAGCACAGGAAGUCAACAGGAAUAAUGACCUGAUGAGUUUGGAGGAAAAAGACACCUUUAUAAGAAAUCAGGAACAGGAAAAGUUAGCUUUCAUUGAGGAGAAAAAAUGUAUGAGCGAUGAGCUUAAACACCAUGAAUCUAUUAAUGAAAGUCUUAGUAAAGAAGUGCAGGAACUCAAGUGUAUGCUAGGAGAAGCUCAGGAAGUCUAUAGAAAAAAUGAAAUGACCUUGGAGGAAAGAGAAACUUCCAUAAAAACUCUAGAAGAGGAGAAGUUAUUUUUAAGUGAGGAGGGUAAAUGUAUGAAGGAAGAGCGUGAAGGACUCAAUGAACAGGUUCAUUCACUUGAGGAUCAACUGCGAGAAGCACAGGAAGUCAACAGGAAUAAUGACCUGAUGAGUUUGAAGGUUAAUUCUCUUGAGGGUCAACUAAAAGUCGCGCAGGCAGUUCACAGGGAUUAUGACGAGAUGAUGCAAAAUCUGGACUGUGCAGAAUCUUUGAAUGAAAAAAAUCAGACAAAGAUACAAAAUCUGAAGGAGGCAUUGUCUGAUCUCCGGAAAGAAAUAGAGCUUCUUAAUGACAACAAUGAUAUCCUUGAAAAUGACCGGGAACAACUUGAGUCACUGGCCAAUGGACAGAAAGAUGAAAUUGAACAUUUGAAGUCGGCUUUACAGGAACAUCAGUCCCAACUGAAGGAUGCUGAGAAGUCAAUCAGGGAGUCAAAAAGACUAGUUGAACAUCAACAAAGGGCAAUUAAUUUUAAGCAGCAAACGACAGAGUGUUACCACUCAGAUUUAAAAAAACGUUUCCACAACCUUAAACAACAAUCUGAAACGAGACAGGAGGAGGAGAAUUUAGCAGAGUUAUGGAGGAAAGCUGAAGAGGGUAGACUUGGUUUACCUCAGGAGACUCCUGCUGAUGAGAAUCAUACUACAAGUUUGUUGAGUCGCUGUAGUAAAGGUGUACUGAAAGCAGGUAUGUACGUUGGUACUGCCUCUGCAGGUGUGCUUAUUGCAAUGGGUUUCCUGUCCAGGGGAAUAGAAGCUAACUGUAAUUCAAACCCUCACUCCGAAACGUCUGACUUUACCUCCACCCUGAUGGAGCCCUUCCUCAACGUAAACAACAUAGGGCGACCAUUCUAA